AUGACUUACGCACAGUUUAAAGAUCUGUGUUCGACAUGCUGGAACGGUGAUAAGUAUAGGUUUCUCGUGAUCGACAAGGACAGCGACCUCGACGGCGUAGCGUUUUGGAUAGACAAACACAACAUGCAACGCAGAAAACUUCAGGAACAAAAAGACGUCUUACGUCAAACCGCUAAAGCUAGCGAUGCGAUUCUCAAAAAGCAUAGAAUGAUAAAAUUGGGUAGAGAGAACGUCGAACAGGCGACGAGUGAGGUUUCGAAACCGGUAGUGACUCUACUGCAGAAACUAGUGACUGCACUUCGGCCGGAGCAUAAUCUCAUUAAAGACGAGAUCAAGGAUGAAAUAAAGCAAGACGUAGGAGCGGAUGAUACGAUUAGAUCCGCUGAUGAAUCCUUCAAGUCGUUAAACAAUGAUUUUUUCGAGGGAGUCGAUGAUGAGCAAGUAGAAAAUGCAGACGAAGAAGAAGAAGAAGAAGAAGAAGGUAAACAUUAUCUCGAUAUGAUGCUAUCGAAUCAAGGAAAACAUCUGGAUACCGCCUAUGGUGUCCGUAAAGUCGCCAAGAACCCGUACUUGAAAAUUACGGGUUUGAUAGAACUCUUGUUCAAGAAGGUACCUGACGGGACUAGUGUAACUCAGGAUGACUUGGACAAUUACAAAAACAUUAUUUUAACGACGAAUGCACAUAGAAAGUACUAUAAACCUGAUGGUGCAAUUCGUAAAAGCAAGAGUUUCAAAUUUCAUAACGUUACUGCAAAACUGAUCGAACAGCCCUCUGUAACAGGCAAAGGUAUAGUAUCAUGGUACAUGAUCGCUACUAAGGACGGACGAACGGAUUACGUGUACUGGGACGACCCCAACGAACUGGUGGACUACCUUCGUCUGAUCCUUGCGUCUCAGGAAGAUGGUAACCCCAGUCACUCGAACGAAAUCCUACCGAUUAUCAAAGAAUUGCGCGAGGCGGUCAGAUUCAAAUUCACUGCUGCUGGACACUACGACAUCGAUAACAAGAGGCUGUGCAACGUUGCCGAUGCCGAGGAAGAAAACGAUGCUGUGACCUUGAUCUGA